GCGAAUCUCUCAAAACAACCGUGUAACCUGACGGAGUAAAGUCUUUUCUACCCAUCUUCCUACGGGAACUCCAUUUAACCACCCCAAUAAACAAAAAAAAAAAUUCUUCUCCAUUCUAAACAUAACAACCGUCUUAACAGAUCAACAAAAUGCAAAGAAAUCUUCUUAAAACUGUCGUUGAAAUGUCAAGCAGUUGGUGGAGUCGUUCAUACAAAAUGGAAGACAACUUAUGUUCUCAUAUCUGGGCAAAGGAGUAUUGUAUCCUUUAAAAGAUUGAGACAUUAUAUUUGGGUAGAAGUUCCAAACCUAGACGGAAAAAAAUGUUCAUUCUCCCGGCCGGGUCGUGAAUUCUCGAUAAAAAAUGUUGCAUUCCGUCGGUAACGAAAACUUCUUCGCUCGCGUCGGUAAUAGUUCUGCAACAUUUCAAUAAACAAAUCGAACAAACCUUUUUCGAAUAUAAGAACUUCGAAUGAUUAACGCCUCAAUUAAGUGCGCGUGGUGUAUUAUGCUCUUGAAAUUAUUUGAAUUUAACAAGAAAAAACCUACAAAAAAUAUCUUAAAUUCCAAUAUAAUUUGAGUUUAAUAAUUUUCAAAGUGUUGUGCUGUGGAAAAAGUACAGAAAUGUGAAGAAAAACGUGGAAGUCUGCUGCCAUUAAAACGAUACUCGAUUCGGUAAUCAACUUCGAUAUUUCACACACCAUAAAAAAAAAAAAUACUACCUUACCCCCGCGUAGUGUAACCGAGUGAGAUGGCUGUAUACAGCCAAAUAAAAGAGUAAACAGUACAGCUAUACUAAACGCUAAAAAAAAUCAGCCCAGCAGCCAUGUUCCCCAAAAGAGUUCUAUGUACAGCGGCCACUAGCCACUACGAAAAAAUCCUACUAUCUUGUCGGCCGCCAUUGUUUUGUGCGUGAAUAUUGAAAAACGGAGCAUUUUUUGUCGAUUCUCUGUUCGAGGCGGAGAUAAUUUUUUCAAAUUUUCAACCAAUUCGAAAGCAUUUAUCGACUAGAAUAUGCAUAGUAAAUUGCUAAAUGUGAUUCCACAACCAAAUAGUGAAAUUAUUUACCUGAAAAUUUCAAAUUAAAAUCCAAAAAAAAUAUUCAAAAAAAAGAAUAAAAUUGUAACGAAAACAAGAGCAACACUACUCGCAGCGGAGUAGUGUCUAGCAAAUUAGAAUUUACAAAAAUAGCAUUUCCGUUUGGGCCAAGUGAAAUUAUAUAAAAUAUAAACCGAAAAGGAAAUCAAUUGAAAACUCCAUCUCAAAGAAAGUUGGUUAAUUAAUUGUGAAAUAAAAUUCUUCAACGAAAUUUUAAUUUUUUUUUCUUGCGCGAUGUGAAGAAAAAGUAUGUAAUGAAUUUUUUUUUAUUAUUGGAAAAUUGUGUGAAAGAAAAAAAAUAUAACCCGAGAGAAAAUUCAGAGCAAAAAUUAGUAGAAGAAGGAAGAAGAAGAAUAAGUGUAAGAGAAGUAGCAAGAAGAAUUUGAUGAAACAAGAAAAAGAGUGUCGCGCUAGUGCAGCAAAACAGUAGCAAGCAGUAGCAACGAGUGGAGUAGACAUUUAUUUGUAUUGCGGUUUGAUUAAAACAUUUGGUGGAUAAAUUAACCCCGUUACGAUUGGAUUACAAUUUUGGAUAAUUAAACGUAAUUUCAAGUAAAUUUUCAAACUGGUUGCAUAGUUUGAGAUUAUCAGCAUUUAACCAAGCGGUGCGAUAUAAAUUCGCCUCUAAAGUAAAUGAAUGGGCUUACGGACCACAAACAGAACUCCAUUACUAUCAAUUACUCAGGAUAAUCUCUGCAGUGAUAGUGAAUUACCAUCAACUUCGUUAUCAGCAAGCGAACUUUUGAAAUCAACAAUAUUUCUGCAUCCCGAUGCAGCAAUUUCGGGCAAAAUGGCACCAGCUCUCACUGAGCCGUUAAGCCCGACCAAUAAAUUAUCUUCAUCGGCGGCAUCGGCAUCUCCAAGACCAACUGCUGCAGGCAGUCCUCUUCAAACAAAUACCAAUAGCAACAACAACAACCCAAACAACAACACCAACAACAAUAAUAACAAUACCCAAACAAAUAAUAACAAUGAAAGCGUUGAAUCUGUAGAUGAGAAUUCGAGUAUACAAACGAAUUCAAAUCAUAACAUUAGUGGCAGUGACAAGGACAAAAUUGUGGAAGGUAAAUCAGUGCCAGUAAUACCAGCAGUAACACCAGCAGCAGUUCAAGUUGCUGCACAACCUACAAUCGCUCAGGCUAAAGGAGCUUUUCAGCUGGCAUUCGAACAGAGUGUUGGCGUUCGAAAAACACCUACACCUACAGUGGUGAAUGGUGGAGACGCUUUGUCUGCUAAUUCUUCUCAAAUGGGCCCCAUGUGUGACUCAAAGUCAUCGCAACCGCCGUCAUUAGGAGCUAAUUCUUCACCUUUGAUCAAAUCAAAGAUAACCCAUAUAGACGCUGAGACAGCUGCGAAAAUAAUAACUUCACAAUUCGAAGAUUUUCCGAGUGACAUUGAAGAGGCAAUAACUGCAGAAAUUUGUCUAAGACAAAAAUUAAAGUCCAGUGAAGAACAAGAACAACAAGUAACAAAACCAGAAACCGCUCCACAAAGCGAUUUACAAUUGGGUGAGAAUUUAUUGGAUGAAUCUAAAAAGCCAAUGGAUGAAGCAAUCAUCAAAACAUGUGAUGGAACCCAACAAAAGCCAACUGAAGAGACCCCAAAGCAGCAGAUUGCUGUCGAAACAAAAGAAUCGAAUUCUAUAAAUCUUGAAGCGAAGAGUGAUGGGGCUGUCAAACCUCAAAAAAUAAAUAUAAUCUCGGUGCAGGAGCUGCCACCUAUUAAAACAGACUCGACGGUAACAGCCUCAGAAGAUGAUAAUAUUGAAGAACGCUUAAAACAGUUGGACAGUACAGAUGAUUGUCCGAUGCCCAUCAGCCAAGAAAGUGGUGACUUAACAGCUACACCCCCACGCAAUUCUUGCGCACAAGCUAUGACGUCACAGCUAACGCCGACAAAUAGCGCUAACCUCCCGGCCACACCUUCUUUGUCCUCGUUAACACCUUUGAGCACAACAUCAACCUUGUGCGGCAGUAGUGGCAAUACAAAAGAAUUCAAGGACAAUAACAGUGAAAUGGAUCAUGAUAUCGAUGAUGAUUUGCUGCAGGUGUUGAAAGGUUUCGAUCCCAAUGCUGCUGGUACGGACAUCUGCGAUUUGGCUGGAUUUCUCAGUGAGUAUGGAAUGAACUAUGAAGAUGUUAAUCCACCAACAGCCAAGGAGAAUCCAAUCAAAGAAGUUCAGAUGGAAAUUGAAAAGAAUCAACAAACAAUGCAGCGAAAAAUUGACUUUCUAUCGAGGCGUUUGCGAAAAUUGCAAGCACGUUAUAUGAGCAAACAAGCCAGUGAAGAAGUGGCUGGUUUGUUCGAGUGGUCAGCAAGAACCACAAAACGUAAAAAUAGUAAUGCUGAUCACCAGCAAUUGACGUAUGCUGAAGAAAGGUAUCAUCCGGUUACAGCGACAACGAUGCGGAGUGUUCUCAAGAAAAUUGAGAAUGCAGCAAGUAGUGCCCAGCAAGUGUCGCCAGGGAAAAAAUUACAACAAGCCAAUGUUAGUAAAACGGUUGAACCUUCUGUGCCAGUUGCAAUGGAUGUUGUAGUUCCAACGUUCGAUGAAAAGGUAACGGAGGAGAUUGCUCAUGUGUCGGGACGUUUGCAGGCUGAAAUGCGUGAAGUACAGAGUGCGAUAGACUCGGAUGCUACCGCAUCUAGUUCUGGUGGAGAAUCGGCAGAUGAAAUGGUACCCUACAACAAUAUCUCACAGGAAACAAUGCCAAUAGCAAAACGUGCGGCAUGGCGUUAUUCACGCGAUCGUGCAGCAAUAGCAUCUCGAUGGUCAUGGCUGAUGUCUCAGAUAUCCGAUUUGGAGUUCAAAAUUCGACAGCACACUGAGCUUCAUCAGCAACUGCGUCAACGCAAGGGCAAGGUUGUAAUGCUAGAGGCAUCAGAAGCUGGUAAUCUUGCAACAGGGACUGGCGCCGGUCCGAAUGGCUAUCGUGGUGCGUUGCCAGGCGCAACGACGUCUAAGACAUCUGGCGGAUUUACCACAGGCGAUGAAAACGAGCUUGAAGGAGUUGCCGAUGAACCAUCCCAAGGCGCUUGUCGAACACGAGCCUUCCAAAGUAAUUUGUAUCGGAAAAGGAAGCUCUUCCAAACGGCAAAUGUACAUACGAUAUCAAAAAGAGCCGCCAGGCCAAGCACAAUAAAAUGUGGUUGUCAGUGGCCACUGCAUCCGUGCGCUUUAUGCACUGGACGCUCUGACCCUACAGCACCACGAGACCUCCCAGAUACCAUGAUGAAGUCUCAAAGAAUUGCGUUACUCGAUCCUGGCUUCCAUCCAGUUCUCAGCUUUUCCGAAGAUAUAUCAAAUUCGAUUUUCUUUGAGAAAAUAGCUCGGGAACCAGAAUGGCAAAAUCGUGUUGCACGUAGCACUGCAAAAACUGUUAUCAAAGGUGCCCUCGCCGCCCAACGAGCUGCCGAAAAGGAGGAACAACGCGGGGUUCAUGCCACAAGUGGACGAAUAACACCAAGUACGCCACAUAAUGCGAAUACAUCGUCAUCGUCAAGCUAUGGCGGAACAACUGGCAAAAGAAAGUACACAAAACGAAACCAUCAGGAUGUCGGCGCAAGUCAUUCGACAACGCCACUUGUGGCCAACAAGGUGGGAAAAAAGUCAAAGAAACAUUAUCGACAACGGAAUCGAUCACCGGAUUACGUUGCGUAUCCACGAAAACCAACAAGCAACAACAACAGCCACAACACCAACAACCAUCAGACGCUUUUAUCUCACCAGUCUCUUCACCGAAAUGCCGAGCAAUCCAAUCAUCACCCAGCACCUUCAUCAUUGAAUUACCAAAACUCAAAAAAUAAUAAAAUACGAAAACUAUCGUCAGCAUCUCAAGCAGCAACAACAACAACAACACAAGCAACACUUAAUCAAAGCGGAAGCCAUUUAUCCAGUAAUAACAUUCUAAACUCAAGCUACCAGCAACACCUUAAUAAUCAGCAUCAUAGUUAUAACAACGAAUUGAACUUCCUGCAUUGUGACAGUCUUGACGGAGACUCGUCUACGAAUGGUCUAAUGAUGGGCCCAGCAGGACGUAGUAGGACGUCGUCACCAACACACGCCAGUAGUCAUCAUAAGUAUGAAAGAUCUCUUGAAAGAAGGAGUCGUACUUCGUAUGACAUCGACAAUAUUGUCAUUCCAUAUAGUGUGGCAGCGGCGACACGUGUUGAAUUGCUACCCUACAAAGAAAUUCCAACGCCAAAAUGGCGAAUAUUAGACUAUGAUGCUGAAGAAAAAGAAGAAGUUAGUAAAAAUACAACCAAUUCAGAAGGAGAAAAGAAAUCUGAAAGAACUGAGCCAACAACUGGCCUAACAACCAGUCUAGAUAAGGAGAGAACUUCCAAAGCAUCGGAAGAGGUUAACAAAGAAAAAACAAAUAUAUCUGCUGGAAGUUAUUUGGAUGAUGACGAAGAAGGUGACGAAGAUAUAUCUGAUGAAGCGAUGAUAUUGCGUCAUGAGCGUGCCCUCACCGAAGAGCGUCGAAAAUUCCAAACAUUCUUGAAAUUCCCAUACAGUACGAGGUCAAGGGCUAAUCGUCGCAUUGAUAGUCGAGCUGAAUCGAGUGGGGCUAAUACACCCGAUCCAACAUCGCCAGCUCCAAAUACACCAAGUGUAGGAGGAGAUCAAGAGUCGAUUCCAUCACCGUUUGCCCCUUCAACACCAUUGACUCCCCUUGAAAGUAUUGCUGAAACCGGAGAAACUUCUAGUAAUCCAUCGGCCUUAGAUAAUACUCCUUCGAUUAUGAGUCUUUUAAAUUCCAUAAGUAAGAAACAAGAACGUCGCCGAACGGUAUCAACUAAAAAGGAAAAAGAUGAACAUCGUAGGAGCUCUACUCCAGAUCUGAGAGAUCUGAUUCCGCCCUACGAGCCAAUCAAAUUUCCUAUUCCAAAUGAUCUCUUCGAAUCAAUGUUAAAAAUGAUGCCUGAUGAGUAUCCUCCACCACAAGAAGACUGCCCUCAAUCAAUAAAGAAACCAUCUGCCACCACAGUAACAACCACAACAACGACAACAAAUGGUUUUGGUGAUACAAAUAAUUCCUCCGCCUCCCAGCUACCACCACCGGGUGUUGCUCAAAAAAAUGUCUGUGAUCAAAAACUAAAUAAUAACAAAAAUAUUUCCUUAACACUUAACAACCAAAAAAGCAUUGAGCACAUUACCGGCGAAGAUGAUAAUGAUGAAGAAGAUGAUGAUAAUGAAGAAGAAGAAGAUGAAGGAGAACACCAUCAGCAGUUGCACAAUUAUUAUUCAGGGGCAGUUAAUGGUGAUGAUAGUAUUAAAGAUCAUAAAAUGAGAGCUCCUCCACCACCACCUCCACCACCAGGAUUUGAAUUCCAACCCUCAUUUAUUUGUCGAAACAAUUUACUUGGUUGCAGUGAUACGGAAUCUUUGGAAUCUGAAAAUGAUGGCGACGAUGAUCCGAACGAUCCCGAAUGGAAGGAAGAAGAAAAACACAAAUGAAGGAUUGAUGAGAUUAUCCACCACCACAGCAUGAUGGAUUAGGAUUUUAUCUUUUUCUAAGUUUGUUAAUUUUUACUUUCAUUGAAUAAGUAAGACUAUAGACAUGUUGUCUGUCUGUGUGAUGGGUGUAGUGUGUGGUGUGUGAGUGUUACGUGGGUUCAAGAUUUUCAUUUUUUUUUUUUUAAAUAUAAACUUGUGACUUGAUUUCUUUCCAAACUUAAAUUCCACAAAUUUUAUUACUUCUCUCUUUGAUUUAUGUUUUAUUUUGAAUUUUUCAAAUUUAUUAUUCUCUUAAUAUUUUAAUAACUCGCUUAAUAUCGAUGAAAAAAUAUAAUUAAAUAAAAUGUAAAAAAAAUAUUUAAACAAAAAUAUGUACAUUUUUGUUUUUCAAAAAAAAAAAAAAACAGAACAGAAGAA